UCUCUCCUCCUCAGUGUUCACUCUCCCCUCAGCCCCCCGCUACUCUCUCCUCCUCAGUCUUCACUCUCCCCUCGGCACACACAGCAAAUACAAGAGAGAGAGAGCGACUGAGAGGCCCGGCCGACGACCUCCAGCACCUUCAGAUCUGCCGACGAAAAAUCUGGGUUUGUUCUUCGAUCUUCUGAAACAGAGGACGCAGCAGCUCUCAAUUCGACUCCUCCCUCCCCCGACGCGACCACUCAGGCCAUCGGCUCCUCUCGAUUCCCUGCAUCCUUGCACGUUUUUCCCCUGCUUGUGGGUAGUGAGGUUCGGGUAGUGGCGGUCUCCUCGGCACAAAUCCCAGCCUCUCGAUCGCUUCCCCGAGAGCUGAUCGACCAACGAAAUUGAGUUCACCUACAGUAUCAGAUAUAUUCAACAACUGUUAACUAUUUGACUCCAUUUAUUAUCGGUUGGAACUGCCUACUGUCCAUAACUUGCUGGAUAAGUACUAUACGUUGGGACUACAACAAAGAAAAAAUCACUUCUGCAUUUUCUUUUCCCCGGAACUUGAUAUGCGGAAGAGAUUAUGUGACCCAGCUCAGGUUGAUUUAAUAUAUGACUUAUCAGCAAUCCUGAUACACAAAGGAACUGCUGUAAACAGUGGGCAUUACAUUGCUCAUAUAAGAGAUGAGAAGAGAGGGCAGUGGUGGGAGUUUGAUGACGAGCAUGUCUCAAAUUUAGGUGAUCAUCCAUUUGGAGAAGAUUCAUCAGGUCACAAGAGUAAACCUUCACAAAGGGAGCCACUUGUGCACUCUUUGCCAGUUUAUGCUGCUGGUGAUGCUACAGAUGUGCUGCCACAUUUUGCAGAAAAUGGUGAUUCAGAACAUUCUGAGAUCUUUUCAUCUUCUGAUGCAUACAUGCUUAUGUACAAUCUGCGGCAAACCAAUGUGCAUCUCCGGAAGACAUCCAUGGUUCUGGAUGCCAAUAAUACAGAUGCCGGACAGCACAUCAAAUGAUAUCACUUCUCUUCCAUCUUACCUUAGAGAUGAGGUAGAUGAAUUGAAUGCAUCAUAUGUGGAAGCAUGCCACCAGUAUAAACUAUGGAAGGAAACAACAUUGCAUCUUAUUGAAGAAAGGAGGCAAGGGGUGCGCCUAAUUCUUUCAGAAGCUCCCGUUCAAUCAUUUGAGGAACCUUUUUAUUGGAUAUCAGCAAAUUGGCUCCGCCUGUGGGUUGACAAUAUUAUGCCUCCUGUUCUGGAUAACACUCUCAUUCAAUGCUCUCAUGGAAAAGUUCACAUGGCAGAAGUAGGCUCUAUGAAGCGAUUGUCUGCCAGUGCUUGGGUGAAAUUGUUCUCAAAGUAUGGUGGGGGGCCAGCACUGGCCAAGGAUGACUACUGCGUGGACUGCCUAAAAGAGGCGGCACACAAACUGGUUUGUGCUGACAGCUAUAGGGAUCGGAGAAAAACAGUGAAGGAACUUGCAGAUUCUGUAUUUUCUGGAAAUUGUACUGAUGGAACGUACUAUGUAUCAAAGGCCUGGUUACAACAAUGGGUGAAAAGAAAAAUCACAGAUGCACCCAGUGAAGCUGAUGCAGGACCUACAGCUUCAAUCAGAUGUCCUCAUGGGCAACUUAUGCCUGAGCAGGCUGCCAGUGCUAGGCGUUUACUGGUUCCUGAGAAUCUUUGGGUAUUCUUUUAUGAAGAUGCAGUAACUGUGAAUCCUGAUGAUCCUUUGGGUUGUCCUAGCUUCCCCAUUGGCUCGGAGCAGUGCUCCCAGUGCAGUGAGAAAAUUUCAGAAGUGGCAUGCCUAGAAGAUUCCCUAAGAGCGGUGGAGAACAAGCAGCAUGAAAAUCAUGAGAAGCUAGCUGCUGGUAAAAGCUUUCCACUUCAUCCCAAUCAUGAGUAUUACUUGUUGCCCUUGGUAUGGCUCACAACAUGGAGAAAUUAUGUGAAUGCUGGUGGCAAGAACGCUUUGUCGUGUGAUGAACCUGAAUCCUUGGAUUCCGUGAUUGAUAAGCUGACAUGUGAGAAGAGCUUGGAAGAAGAUGAAGAAUGGAAAAGCAGUGUGCCUUUAUUGCAUACCACACCUUUAAUGUAUACCAAUAGAAGUGUGGAGGGUUAUGGGAGAGAUUGGGCUUCUGGGCUUGCCACCCUUCUCAAUAGAAGUGUGAAUGUCUUCCGAAUGCUGGACGUUCUUUAUUGCAGGCUGGCAUGCAUACUUCUGGAUAUCUUUCAUUCCCUUUUUGGUGAGUAGAACCGUGUCCCGGCAUUGGGCUGCUUAAGCCACAUUGUACAUCUCUUGAGAAAUGAGUCAUAAGUGGGAUUCAGAUUUUUAGUUAUUCUAUUUCCUUUUCGAGCUCUUCCUUGCUGUUGGAACAAAGCUGGAGCACGUGAUAAAUCAGUUAGUGCAAGAUGUCGCGGAGAAGCAUGCAGCCGUGGAAGGGGACUUGGUGGUUCAACCUUCUGUUGAUCAUUUCUGGUUCCAUAGACCUCGCAUUGUCCUGCUGCUCAUUCAUAUCCUCCUCUUCCAAAAAGCUUUUGAGCUCACUUUCUUCUUCUUCAUUUGUGCAAGGGAUAAAAAUAGCUGAAUUGCCAAAAGAAAAUAAGUGCUUACGAUUACUUGCUGGAGCUUCCAUGGGAAAAAACCUGGCAGGUUCAAUAUAGUUUUGACUCGUGCAUAAUGGGACAAGUCGGUUUCAUAAUCCCAAGACUCGUGAUAGGGUAAAAGCCUUCUUCCUUCUCCUCAUAUGUGGAUUUAUCCUUACCAGUAUCACAUGUAUCUGAAUGGCUAGCUACAGGCAAUGUUGUCAGGGUGUUGGUUCACUUCAUGUGCAGCUACAGCACCUUGCCACUCUAUGCGAUGGUUACCCAGGUGACCAAUCUAGGCACAUCGUUCUCACGGUUCAUGACUAUUUACUGCAACAUGAUAUUGAAACUGAUGGCAUACUUGCAUGUUCGUGCUUGGUUGUUAAACAUGGGAAGCUCAUUCAAGAAGGCUAUAUUUGAGGAACACAUACAUGAGGGGCUCAGCGUCUGGACCCAGCAUGCAAAAAUGAAGAAGAAUGCAAGAAUGUCGGCGACUAGCACACGAUCGACCACCCUCCCCGUGGACCCCAAAGUGACUUCACAAUCCCUUGGCGAGCCAACGAAAGAAGCUGAGAUCCAAUAUGAUCCUUCCUUCCAGGGACCAAAAGAGAUGUAGCAACCAUCUGAAACAUUCCCUUCCAAUUUCCAUGUUUCAUCAUCUUUAGACCUCUUAAAUGGGAAACUCGGCCUGCUUUCUCUACCCCGAUGUUGAUUAUAUUUCAUAACCAAACACCAAACAACAGUCAACAAAAAUGAACCUUCCAUCAAGCUCUAUUUUCUCC